AUGAAACUUCUUCCCUUUUUCGCUGGUCUUUUGAACUUGUCCGAAGCAGCUACAGUUGCUCCUUGGCCAGCUCGACCUGAUCGACCAGAGCUUCCAGUUAAUUGUCCGAGAAAUGUGCAGGUUGAAAUCUGCUACACGAUGUGCCAGAGUCUCAUUUGCUGGGAAUAUCCUUUGGUUCACUACCGCCGUCGACGAGCUAUCGACGAGAAGAUGAUGCAGCUCACUGACGAGCAAGUUUCGUGCUUCAGCUCGAAUAGUGUUCCCUACUGUAAUGCCAAACAUGGACUUUCUUUUGACCCCCUUGCUUAG